AUGAAGUCUAUUCUUUGCGUAGCUUUGGCCGUUCUGGCAGCAGCUACUCCUAUUGUUGUCCGCAAUGAUGCUACCCAAGUGGCCCGCAGCCCACAAUUUCAGCCAUUCAAGGCCGACGAAAGCGCUUCUUACAAGCGUACCCCUCAGUUCCAGCCUUUCAAGGCCGACGAAGACGCUCCCUACAAGCGUGAUCCUCAAUUCCAGCCCUUCAAGGCCGACGAGGCGGGGAUUGGCCAAUACUAA